AAACAGUUCCGGACGUCCGUUCGCACGCUCAGCACACGCAGCGAUGGAAGUCGCCGCCAGUAUCGCCCGAUUCAUCGCGCUCGCCGACCUCCUCGUCACAAAGUACUCGAAGAUCGUCGACGCCUGGAAGGAUGCUCCCAGCGCCAUAGUUUCAAUCCGCGAUUACCUCCGCACCCUCAAGCCGAUCGUGGUGUGUCUGGAAGAGCUGAAGGCGCUGUCCUCUAACCAGCUGGUCCGCAAUGGUCUCAAAAUCGCGGCUUUCAAGCGGACCAUGAAGUCCCUGGAAGAUCUGGCGGAUGACCUGUUGAAAACUCCAAGCGACGUGAAACUCUGGGCCAGGACGAAGUGGACGUUCGGGAAGAAUGAAAAGGCCAGGGAGCUGGGCCGCAGCUUGGAUUCGGAUAUCGGAGUCUUUAGCUUGGUCCUGUUGCUUGCGGUUCAGUUAGUACCUCAUUCCAAGUGUUGCACACGAGACGAGACGUCUCGAGCAUUGAGCCCCGGACUGGAGUGGCGUCUCACCGGAGGCGGUCUCCGGUGAGGCCGAAGUCUUUCCACGGAUAAGGGUGGAGGCCGAUUAUUCUCGACAAAGGGUUGAGAAUAAUUUUCAUCAAUAGUAGCCGUACUGGUGUUCGAGUUACUGAUCACUGUGCGCCUUCGCUGUUCUGGUCCCAUGGUUACGAAGACCAAGCUCUCGAGCGUGAUGCCAGUUCAAUCUCGUCUCGUGUGCAUCGCUGCUCACUCGCUACCGUCAAACUUUUGAAACGUUGCUAAACGUAUUUACAGGAAAACAGUGUCAGAUAUACAGCAGCACGUCGUGAAGCUCCAGAAUAUCGCCAACACCCAAUCGACCGUCCACACUCCCAAGCUUGAGGCUCAGCUGGAUAUUACUCAGAAAAUUUAUACAAGGAUGGGGACGCCUGAAAGAUCAUUUAUUGCGCAUUCGC